CAUAUUCACAUAUUCACACACACACACACACACACACACACACACACACACACACACUCGCUCAGACCUCACCAAGGAUUCUUUAGUCAGUGCAGUGUUGACACAGCUGCAGGAGAGGUGAGGUGAGCCUGCAUCGACCCAAAAUCAAUUCACACCGAAAUGAGCUCAUCCUUGGACAUCGGGCGACGCAACGCCAUCCCCAUCAUUUACACCAGCGGGACCCACUACGAGGUUGGCUUUGACGUGGGACGUACCUUCCGAAGCCUCAUCCAGGAAUAUUUAGGAGUCUCUAAGGUAGUCAACAAAUUACUUCUUCCGGCUUACGAAACCAAGGAAGGGAGGGCCGCCUACGAUAGCACCUUGGCAAGCCUUACGGAGAACUACCCGCACUACGUCAAGGAGCUGGAGGGCACGGCAGAUGGCGCGCAGGUUCCCUUCCAUCAGCUGAUGCUGCUACACGUAAACGACGCCGUGUUCAUGGCAGCUGGCCUGGACUUGGGUGAGAUCAUCGACACCCCGACCGGUUGUUCUUCACUCUCCAUCAACAAAGAAGGACAAAUACUGCUGGGCCACACGGAGGACGCACUUGGGGAAUUACUCAACUACGUGUAUAUUGUCUCCGCCCGCAUCCAUGACAAGCCAAGAGGGAGGCAGGCCACCCUGGAUGAGAACUUCACAGCACUUUGUUAUGCAGGACACUUGCCGGGAUUCUGCAUGGGUUACAACCACCACGGCCUGACCUUCUCUAUCAACGUGAUCUGUCCCCGGAAGGUUCUCGCCGCCAAGACGCCUCGCCACUUCCUGUGCCGGGCACUUCUGUCAGCCAAAACUAUAGGAGGAGCACAUGAUAUUCUGAGAGACGAGGGGACGGGCUCAGCACACGGCUUCAGUGUAAAUAUGGUAUUUAUGCACCAGGACGGUGACUAUUUAUUUGAAAAUGUAGAAAUAGGCCCCGCUGAAAACUGCAAUGAGUCCCCUUUGUCUAUCGUGACUCUGAGCCUUGGGGAACACCUUCUGCAUACCAACAAAUACCUUCGCCUGACCAACAUCACGGAAGAAGAUGGUAAGUGCAUGGAGAGCAGUAACUUGCGACAUGCCCGCGCCUCCCAGUUCCCCGCCCCAAAGAACUGUCAUGACUUGCUGGAGCUGCUCUCAGACACUGAAGAUUCUACGUUUCCGUUCUUCAGGGAGGGCUCCGAGAAGGACCCCGCGAAGACUGUGGCCCUCGGCGUGUUCGAUUUAGUCAAGAAGACAUGGACCAUAUGGAUGAGGAACCCGCGCACUGCCGAUCCUCUGCUGGAAAUUCCUCUCCUCUUCACCUGGAGCACCUAAGUUCACGCUUGGUAUUAUAGAAUUAUUUUAACAAAGGGGAAAAAGUAAUACAUAAUAGCAGUAAUACUUAAUAAUAUCAACAACAAGAAAACAACAACAAUAAUAAUGAUAAUAAUAAUGAUAAUAAUAAUAAUAAUAAUAAUAAUAAUAAUAAUAAUAAUAAUAAUAAUAAUAAUAAUAAUAAUCAGUUCAAUAGCUAUAACCUUUUCACAAAAAAAAAAAACAUUCCACUAUCUGCUACACCUACGUCCGUAGGAUGUUAAUGUACCUAUAGGUAAUAUAUUACUAAUUUAAGAAUAAGAAA